AUGCCCAGGCCUAGAAGAGUCUUGCUUUGGCUCGGCUGCUGGCUCGGCUGCGCUGACGCGCUAACGCGGCCGCCUCUGCUGCAUUCGCUGCGAGCCCCGCCCGCGGCGCUGGCGGCCGCGCGAGCAUCGCCUCUGCGGGCGGUGGCGAGGGUGGCGGCGGCGCGGCGGCGGCGGCCACCGUCGAUGAAGGGGGGUGGGAUGGUGGACGAGGCGAGCGACGCGGCGGUCGUCGACGACGGGGAUGAGAUGGCUGGCGCCGUCCGGGGCAUGCUGCUCGCCGUGGCCGCAUCGAUCGCCUUUGGCGGUGGCGUUUGGACGUUUCGUGGCGCUGAGGAUGGCUCUGCGUGGUUCGCGGCGUACAUUCUGGAGGAGUCGCUGUCGAUCGACAACUUGUUCGUCUUCUCGCUCAUCUUCUCCUACUUCCAGACCCCCCCCGCAUCCCAGCCAAAGGUGCUGCGCUACGGCUUGCUCGCGGCCAUCGCACUGAGAGGCGUCUUCAUCGUCGGAGGUCUCGCUGUGGUGGAG